CCUCCCCACCCGCUCGCUGCUCCUUCCCGCCGUGUUCAGGCUUCGCUCCGCCUCGGUUUCUUUGGGAAAGAAGGGUCCGCUGUUGGCGGGAAGGGGACGGAGGGAAGCACACCCUCUUUCAGCCGUGCUCUAGAUGAGACAUCAGCUAGAACUUCCCCAUUGUGACGGGGGUGGGGGGUCUCCUCACCCUCGGUUCGUAGCAGCCAGCCUGCCCAAAGGGUGAUGGAGCUGGUGACCUCAGAACGAAACCAGCAGCUUCCGCCACCACUGGGUGUGAAGCACCCGGUGUGACAACACCUCUGGCUGGGGCUGCUGGAGUGCGAGUGAGGGCGAGGAGCUGGUGCUGGGUGUGCUGUGGGGGUGCUAACGACGCGGGCUGGAGCCCACCAUCCUGAAUUGGGGAGCCGGGGGACUUGCCUCAAGAGGUCACACAGCCAAUGAGAGACUCACACCCGUGCCAGUCCCCAGACGCCCAAACUCGGUUCUGUCUGAUGAACCAAGCUGACCUGUCGGGAUCGUGGAGGAAGGGUUAAGGAGGAGCAUCCACCAUGGUGUGGCCACAAAUAGGCCACAGAGCCAGGACAGGAAGAUCCCGAGCUCCAGCACCAGAUGGUCAGUGGGGAUGUCAACAGCACUCUCAGGCUCCAGAACAGCACCCCCCGAACAUAAAUCCUAAGGCUCUCCUCUCUCCAAACAUCUUACCUCUGAUUCCUGGCAUCAUCACACCUCCUCCGUCCUCAGACUGUCCCAGAAUCUGCCACAAGACGGAGAGUUUUGAGGGACCUGCUUGGGUUACCCCGGCCUGCACCAGGGAGAUGUUCCCCCGGACUGCACUGCGGACAGCGCGGCGGGACGGGCCCGCCUCUCCUCGUUUCUUGCCUCGGCCGCCAGGGGGCGCUGUGCGCGUCCGUGCCCGCCCGCCCCGCCGAGCGCUCAGCUCGGCGCCGGGAGCUGUCCGGGAGGAGGUGGCGGCGCCCGCGCGGGGCUGGCGGAGCGGGGGCGGCCCCCGGCGACAGGGAGGGUGGCGGCUGCGCGCUCCCCGGCCUACCGGCGGGAGCCUCGGAAAACCCCGGCGGAGCCUUGCAGAGCUGGCCGGGCGGGGCAGGAGUUCCCCGUGCCCGGAGCGGGGCCAGGCAUGAUCGUGAUGCCAGUUUGGCCGAAGCCGACGCGGCAACUUGGUGAGGGACACGGGGCUUCUGACUCGACAGCACCCGAGCUGGCCGCUCCCGCCUGAAGUCCGCCUUUCGGAGUCUUGGUGCGGGACU